AUGCGGCACAUGAGUUUUCUUGAUUUCCAGUACAAUAUUUCAAGAAGGAGCUUCUCAAGAAAACCAUCUCGACUGUUUUCCUUACGUGAUAGACAAAAUUCUGGUUUGACACCACCUGUUGUCCAGCCAAAUUUGGAGGAGCUAAGGAAAGUUUUUGAUAAAUUUGAUGCAAACAGAGAUGGGAAGAUAUCCCGAAAGGAGUACCAGGACAUACUGAAAGCACUGGGAAAGCCUAGCACUGCAAGAGAGGUGGGGAAGAUCUUUGAGGUUGCAGAUCUCAACGGAGAUGGUUUCGUUGACUUCAAAGAGUUUGUGGAAGUACACAGAAAGGGAGGCGGGGUGCAGGUGGUGGACAUACAGACUGCUUUUCAAACGUUUGAUCUUAACAACGACGGGAGAAUAAGUGCAGAGGAAGUGCUGGAGGUGUUGAGGAAGCUUGGAGAGAGUUGCAGCCUGGAGGAUUGCCGGAGGAUGGUGAGAGCAGUGGAUACAGAUGGGAACGGAAUGAUUGAGAUGGAUGAGUUUACUAACAUGAUGACCCGCCCUGUGGAGCUCCAUUAAUGGCUUUUCCUUAAAGAGUAUAAUUUCGUCUAUUUAACCCGCAGAUGUUCUAGUUUCAAGCUCCUUUCUUAUAUAGUUUUAUCUAUAUAUACACACGUCUCUUUUGAGCAUGUGUACCUGUAGUCUAUAGGCUCCAUGCUAUUGUAUGGAUAAUUAUCGAGGCUCAGUUGUGUGUGGGAUUAUAGGUUUAAGUCUUGAAUUUGAAUGAGCAGGUAUGUAUUCGUGAGCAUGACUGUUAAAAAUUACAUUAAAAAUGAGCAAUUCAUUCUUGGAAAUA